AUGGGAGGUUCACAAUUGCGGACAGACUUCAAUCAAGUUGGGAGUUUCACACAAGCAGAUAGAGGAUCUGCGUGGAUUCCUGGUCGACCAGAGAAUACACCAGGAAUACAGUUUCCAGGACCACCACUGAUCCCUGGCCAGAUGGGUGCCGGCAAUCAGCCUCCUAGGCCCCCAGCACUGAGUCCUGAGAUGGAGAAUGCGCUUCUUCAGCAAGUAAGGAGCCUGACGCCAGAACAGAUUAACAUGCUACCUCCAGAGCAAAGAAAUCAAGUGCUUCAGUUGCAGCAAGUGCUCCGUCAAUGAGAACCAAGUUCUGUCAAAGAACAAUUGCAACGGGGGUGGAAAUAUUGGGUCCAGCUAAUUGACUAUGCUAUUUAUUUUGCUUUUUUUACAGACAGGAUUCUCCUAAGUUUAUGUUUCAAUCCUUUAUAGUUUCGCUCUUUUUUUCCCCUCAUUAAUGUUGAUUGUUUUCAGGCGUUUUUAGGUUUGCCUGUAUUUAUGCUACGUAGCCUACAACUUAUAAAUUUCUGCCUGCUUGUCGUUUGAGGAACUCUUAGCUGCACAAAUCGAAUUCUAGUUCUCUA